UUCCACCUGUUACUGUUCUCUGCUCCGCACGUCGCCCUCAAUUGCUUCACCUCUUCCGGGUAUCGUCGCACGACGUUACGCAGUCACUUUUUUUUUCUUUUGUCGUCUUUGCCUCCAGUAAUGCUCGGCUUCCAACGAAGCGUUGUAAAACUCGGCCGAUCUAUGCACGCGAUCGCUCCCGACGUGAGUCCUGCUCCGCGUCCCGGCGUAUCGUGCGUUCCCCCUCUCUUUCUUUCUUUCUCUCUCUCUCUUUCUGUCAAACUCUUCGCUCUCGUCCUUGAAGCGCACGAAGACGAGAGUCGCGCUCGCGUCAACGCUAUGUUCAGAACGGUAAAGAUUUGCGCGCGUCUCUCGACAUUACGACAGCGAACGUAUAUCUACUGAAACUGACCGGAACCCAUUGACCGCGUUUCAAAACAGCCGUUGUGAACUAAUCCCGUCAUCCCGCGCCCCGCGAACAUUGCGCGACUUUGCGCGCCGUCUAACGGCGAAUUUUGGAAGUCCAUGUUACUCGCACGGCCGGUACACGUGCCAUGAUCGGUAACCUUGUCAAUUCGGUCGAUCAUACAUAACAUAUGAUCGAGUCAUUGUCGACGUGUUAAAUCGUGACAACGUAAACGAGCGCGAAACGCGUCAUAGACUUUUACAUCCUAUACAUGAAGAAAAACUAGAACAGGAAACUGGGAACCGGGGGCAAAGAACAUCUAUGGCAUGCAUAGUAAUGCGGCGAAAAGAAGAGGGGAGUGGAUCAAACAGUGGAUGACGAAGUAGAUCUUACCUCGAGUCCAACAACUUGAGGCGACGAGCAAAAUUAUCGGAAGCAGCGCCGUAUUGGACAUCUUCCAGCAUCUCUUAGAAUAAGCGACAUCGGGGAUCGCGCGCACCGAUAAGGGUUCAGGAUUCAGGAUCUGACGAAGCAGGAUGGCGACAGGCAAACGACGGAGCAUCCAUACGUCACCCGGGAAUGCCGGGACCAGUCGGAUGAACUUUCGGCCGAGUUUCACUCAGCAGGAGGAUCGCGGCGGUACUAGGCCGACCGCGGCGCCGAGCUCAAUCGGCCUCAUUCUCAUCACCAUGCUGCUACAUGUGUGCAAGAAGUCAUUGUUGUUCGACACUCGGCUUAAGGUGGCAAUCUAUUGUGGCACAAUCUUCGCGAUCUCGCUAAUAGCGGACUUUAUCGCGAUGCCACGUACUUACUUCUCCAGGUCCGACAAUGCCCUGAAUCAGUACUUCGUCAAGUGGGGCUGGGGCUGGUUGCUGUCUGUAACCGUGCCCUGGAUCGCCUUGACGGCGCACACACUGGGCUGCGGUCGUAGGCAGAUUCUGCUGCGACACCUGGCACGUGUCCUUCUCGCCACUGUCGCCUGGCUCGCCUGGACAAAACUGUUCAAUUACAUCGAGACCAAUUAUGGCAGAUGUCUGGGUACACGCGACAUUCAGAUGCAGUCGAAGUCGAGGUGCCUGAAGUCAGGUAAAUUCUGGAGCGGUCUCGACAUAUCCGGUCAUACGUUCAUCUUGAUCUACUCUAGUUUGAUUCUCGCUGAGGAAGGUUCUUCCCUGGUGGGAUGGGAGGGCAUUAAGGAUCUGAUAAUGCGCGAAGAGCACACGCGAUCUACGCCAGCCGAAACAAGCCGUGGCCCGCUGCGUAAUCUCUCUGAUAACGAUCUCGAGUUCCUGAAGAAGGCACAUCGAGCGCUUACGCCGUACUUGCGUGGCCUCUUUGUGGCGAUGACGCUGCAACAGCUACUUUGGGAUAUUAUGCUGGUGUCGACCAUGCUUUACUAUCACAUUAUGAUCGAGAAAUUUCUCGGCGGCGUAGCCGCGGUCAUUACGUGGUACGUUACGUAUAAAUGGUGGUACAAGCUGCCCAAGAUCGGGCUGCCAGCUCCUGGCGAUGGUCUCUUCAAGUACAACGAGAUGAAAACAAAUCCAGAACUCAACGUCAGAGCGAGACGUAGCACGUUGAACGGCACCAAUCAACCAAAAUUUAUGGGAAUGCCGAUCAGAACGAUGCAAGAAACCGCAGAUUCGAAUCCAACAAACAGACAAACGGAUCUUGACAUGCCGAGAACAUAAGAAAAUGUGUUGUUUCAUGCAUAUGUUUUGAGACUUUUGAUACUUUAGUGGUGAUGCCAAGUAAUUAUCUUUUAUGCAAGGAUCACGAACAUUUGAAAUAAUAUUUGAACGAUGCGUAUAACAUUACCAAUUAUACAGUAUUGUAUACAAGCGUAUGUUUCACAUAAAAUUUCCACUUUUCCCUACCUGAAUGAUUGAAAUGUUAUAUCGAUAAUGAACACAGAAUAUGCACGGUGCACGGUAUACAUGAUACUUAUAUAAGUAUCCAAAGUUCAAUGCUUCUUUUUAAGGUUUGAGUACAAAGAUCGAAUAUAAUAAAAUGCAAUUAAAAUUCUAAUACAAAGUACUUACACACUCACCCACGCGCGCGCGUGCUCACACACACACACACACACACACAAAAAUUCCUUUAUUUUUCUAUAUGUAAAUAUUUAAACCUUGAAUUUCAUAUGACAAAACAUGCACGUGGAUUAAAAUAUCUUUUUGAGAUAUGAUUCAAUCAAGCUCAUUUAAACGGGACGGGCUUAUAUUAAAUGUUUUUAAGUUAUUAUUAAUAAUUAUAGAAUAUUAUAGAAUAAAUGAGAGCAUGUAUCCAUUUUAUCGAUGCUUCUGUACGGAUUGUUAAAAAAAGACAUGUUAACUUAAUCUGUUUAGAACCAAAGAGAGAGUUGGUGUCUUCGAUAACUGUACUCUCUUCUGAUUUUGUUUUGUAACUUAUAUUUAAUAAAGUCUGUUGUUAACAAA